CGCUCAGCAUCCCUCAGUUCACUUAGCGUCCCAUAACGGCCUGGACCAGUGACGACUCGCGGUCACAACAUGUACUGUAGAAGUGUAGCUAUGAAUUAUUCGAAUUAUAUCAGCUAAACGAAGACCCGUCACCAUAAAUUCUUUAUUCCACUGCUGUUUAUCGGAUCGGAUCGCAGCGCGCCCAACCCUAAAAAUGGCUGAGAUCACUGAAAUACGAGCAGCUUACGAUAUGUCACCAGUGCUGGCAGGGUUUAUCGGCGCUGGCGUAUUGGUUGUCGCUGUCGUAGCAUUAAUCUUUGUCUGGACUUGCUGUCAGAAACAUUAUAAAAGGACAAGCUACAAGCUCCAUGGCAUCCACUCAGAACACAGUGACCCUCUCACAGACCCUCCGUACAAGUUCAUUCACAUGCUGAAAGGAAUGAGUAUCUACCCCGACAAGCUGAUCAGCAGCAAGAGGACUGUACGGGUGGCAUGUCAGGCCAGAUCUCGCCCUACAGAUGGGACUCAAGUCAACAAGGGCCGCCCUGUGGUGCUGGUAGAUAUGGAUUCAGCAGCAGAGGGCGGUCUGCUGGGAGAGAAACAAAUGCAGAUGAGGCUUGGGGAAUGCAGCCAUAAGGUUCCCAGCCUGGAGCGAGAGCUUCCUGUGCAUGCCGAUUACUGCUGUCUGGAGAGCAGCUCUACAAGCAGCAGUCAGACCUCCAGUACCACCGUUUCCAGCACGGCCACGCCCUUUACCCCUGCUGAUGAGCCAAGCCGUGGGGAUCUCAGCAUUGCCAUCGACUAUAAUUUUCCCAAGAAGGCCUUAGUGGUCACCAUCCUAGAGGCUCGGGGGUUGCCAGCAAUGGAGGGGCAGGCAGGAAGCGCUGACCCCUAUGUAAAGAUGACCAUUCUGCCAGAGAAGAAACAUCGUGUAAAGACUCGUGUCCUUAGGAAGACUCUGGAGCCUGCGUUUGAUGAGACCUUCACAUUCUAUGGCGUGCCGUUCAGCUCACUGUCUGAUCUCACUCUGCACUUCCUGGUGUUGAGUUUUGAUCGGUUCUCACGAGACGACGUGAUCGGGGAGGCGAUGGUUCCACUGGCAGGCGUGGACCCGAGUACAGGUCGAGUCCAUAUCACUCAACAGAUUACUAGGAGGAGCAUGCAGUGUGUGAGCCGUGGAGAGCUGCUGGUCUCUCUGUUGUAUCAGCCAGUCUCUCACAGACUCAGUGUGGUGGUGUUAAAAGCAAAACACCUUCCAAAACUGGACAUCACUGGCCUCUCUGGCAACCCAUACGUGAAGUUAAACGUGUUCUAUGGUCACAAGCGCAUUGCCAAGAAGAAAACGCAUGUGAAGAAGUGUACACUCAAUCCUGUCUUUAAUGAAUCCUUCAUCUACGAUGUGCCGGCUGAGUUGCUGCCAGACAUCUCUAUUGAGUUCCUGGUCAUGGACUUUGACCGCACCACUAAAAACCAGGCCUUGGGACGCCUGGUGCUUGGCUCCAACAGCCCCUGCCCCUUGGGUGCUGCCCAUUGGCAGGAGGUCUGCCAAAACCCACGGCGCCAAAUCUCAAAGUGGCACACACUCAGUGAAUAUUAGAGCUUUACUGCACACUCCAUACACAACCCAACACGGGCACAGUGAAAUACGAACAGAAGUGAGAGUUAUGUGAAAGAUGCAUUAGUUACCAUCUCUAAAGUAGAAGGUAAAUGAACUUCAGGAGGACUUGGGGAAAAAAAAGACUUUUACAUCAUUACUGUUGUGAUGAAAGGCCUUGGUAUAAAUCUUUUAAAACACAACUACUGUAUAAGUAAUAACAAACUAGAACACACUAGAAUAUAACUAGAACACACUAGUAACACCACCAGUAGUACAACCUAGAACACAAAAAACUUGAUAAAUGCUAACAAUAACAAGACCAAAUAUAAUAUAAGAUGUUCACAGACUGUUAGAAGUUUAUUCUGAAUUCAUUCUGAGGUGGUUUUUAAUGAAAUUGUAUGAGAUGUAUAAGAUGAGUGAACAGACCUCUCCAUGCACUGGCUUUUACUGCCCUUAUCGCAUGUCUGAACAACGCUCCAUAUUUCACCCCAAGGCCACUACGGAUUUGUAAUGCUGGCGAACAUUAAAUCAGCUGCAUCUAUGUGUGUGUGUGUGUGUGUGUGUGUGUGUGUGUGUGUGUGUGUGUGUGUGUGUGUGUGUGUGUGUGUGUGCCAUGUCUCCUAACAGCUGCACAGCUCUUUUUUGGUAUUGCGUGGUCUGAUUUUUCCUCUUCACUUGCAUUCAAAGGAGCUUGUGAUGGGCAGCUUAUCAUAUGUACUGAUUCUCCACUGCACUGAAGUGACUCAGAGGUAGUAUGAUCUUUAAGGACGAUUUGUUAUGUACUGCAUAGACUGUCUAGAUGUUUCAGAUACCUGCCGUGUCACAUUCUCCACUGCUACAAGUUAAGUCAUGUGAUUGUACAACAAUAAUCCUUUGGCAGCACUCAGGUCCUGAUUUAUUGCUUUUGCGACAAUUUCAGCAAGCACUAUGUGGAUAACUCUGGUCCUGAAAACAUUAAUCUGCACUGCUAUGCUAUAAACACACUCUGAAUGUCACUGUCUGUACGAAGUCCUGCAAUUUCAUACAUCAGAGCUUCACUUCAUCAUAAAACAGAGGUUCAUUGUUUUACAGAUCUCUCUAUCCCAUUUCAUCACAUGUUCUUUUUGAGGUGGAAUGGACUCAAUGUCUUUUUAAAUGCUGUAUAGAGAUAGACAAAGAGGGGUGUGUAGUUCAAAGUUGAGAACGUUUAGCAUGUUUAAGGACAUUCUGAUUCUUGUAGUGUGAUGUGUUUGAGAGAUAGAAGGGAAGGAGUCAUAUUAUUUGUCAUAUUAUUUGUAGUUAGAAAGUACGUGUUCAUAAAAUACCACCAGACACAAUGGUCCUGUAAUUUAAACAUAAAUUACAGGAACUGUGCAAAAAGUUGUUUUAGUGCAAACUAAAAAUUAUCUUGUGAAUAUUUGACAAUAAAAUAUACUGAAAAAUGCUGUGAGAUCUCUGCUAAUGUUAAACACUUACCUGUAUGUUAGUGUUCUUAACACUCUCUGAAUGUGCAAAAUAAACACGGUA